AUGGGGGCAGGUGCCUUCGGCUGCGCCAUGGACGGGCCGCGCCUGCUGCUCCUGCUGCUCCUGGGGGUGAGGAUGGGGGCAGCGGGAGAGGCGACUCCGGGGUUGUUCAUCUGGCCAUGUACCACCCACAGUGGGGAGUGCUGCAGAACCUGUAACCUGGGCGAGGGCGUGGCCCAGCAAUGUGGAGCCAACCAGACCGUGUGCGAGCCCUGCCCUGGACAGUUGACUUUCUCCGACGUGGUGAGUGCCACCGAGCCGUGCAAGCCAUGCACCGAAUGCGUGGGCCUGCAGAGCAUGUCAGCGCCAUGUGUUGAAGCCGACGAUGCCGUGUGUCGCUGUGCCUAUGGCUACUACCAGGACGAAGUGACGGGCCGCUGCGAGGCGUGUCGCGUGUGCGAGGCGGGCUCGGGCCUCGUGUUCUCCUGCCAGGACAAGCAGAACACCGAGUGCGAGGAGUGCCCGUUUGGCACCUACUCGGACGAGGCCAACCACGUGGACCCAUGCCUGCCAUGCACGGUGUGCGAGGACACGGAGAGGCAGCUUCGCGAGUGCACGCGCUGGGCGGACGCAGAGUGCGAGGAGAUCCCUGGAAGGUGGAUUCCAAGGUCCACACCCGCCGAUGGCACUGACAGCACGGCCCCCAGUACUCAGGAACCAGAGAUGCCUCCCGACCCUGACCUCAUCGGCAGCACAGUGGCCGACGUGGCAACCACCGUGAUGGGCAGCUCUCAGCCUGUAGUGACCCGGGGCACUGCAGACAACCUCAUCCCGGUCUAUUGCUCCAUCCUGGCUGCAGUGGUGGUGGGGCUCGUGGCCUACAUUGCCUUCAAGAGGUGGAACAGCUGUAAGCAGAAUAAGCAAGGGGCAGACAGUCGGCCGGCCAACCAGACGCCCCCACCAGAGGGAGAGAAGCUCCACAGUGAUAGUGGCAUUUCGGUGGACAGCCAGAGCCUGCACGACCAGCAGUCCCACACGCAGACAGCCUCGGGCCAGGCUCUCAAAGGUGACAGCGGCCUGUACAGAAGCCUGCCAUUGGCCAAGCAGGAGGAGGUGGAGAAGCUGCUCAUAGGCUCGGCGGGGGACACCUGGCGGCACCUGGCCCGUGAGCUUGGCUACCCGCAGGAGCACAUAGACUCCUUCACUCACGAGAAAUGCCCGGUGCGUGCCCUGCUCAACAGCUGGGGUGCCCAGGACAGCGCCACGCUCGAGGCCUUUCUGGCCGCCCUGCGCCACCUCCAGAGAGCCGAUAUCGUGGAGAGCCUGUGCAGCGAGUCCACGGCCACGUCCCCAGUGUGAGCCCCCAGUCCUGCCCCCACAUUCCGACCAUGACCACCGCCGCUGCCAAGGCUCCCGUCAGCGCCUGUGGGCCAGCCAGAGCUGAACACCCGGCAGGGCUUUCCCUGAGAACGCAGCCCUGACCCCACUCCGGGGUGGUCGCCCUCCCUCUCCAGCACCAGAAGUGCCCCUAACCCUUCUCCCUGUCUCUCUGCCCCCCCCACCAUCUCAGGCCUUUUGGCUCCCAGUCCCUCCCCAACUCGGUGGGCCAGUCCCUCCCACCUAGCAGGUGUCAUUCUAGGGGGUUGACACCGGGGGUGAUGUAGGGGGUCCUGACUAGGCCCCAGAGAAUCAGAAGGACUGACUGAGACACAGAGAUUUGGACUCUAUCUACACUGUGAACUUGGGGAGCCCAGGUGUCCUUGCUAAAACAGACACCAUUGAAUCUUACUUCCCACUCUCCUCUGGUCUAAGGUGGAAGGAAUCGAGGUCUUGCCAGCUGAAAGGGGGUUGAAAUCCAGUCCAUCACUCUCAUUUUUAAGCAGGAUAGUCAGGCCCCAAGGGGCAGUGCUUGCUCAAAGCUGCCCAGCCAUGAGAAGGCCAAGUGUGGGCUGGCCACCAUUGAAACCUGGGACACAGGACUCAGGUUUGUUUCUGAUUCAGGAGCAGAGGGUUCCCUGAAGCUCACUGUGGGUCCCCUGACCUCCCCAUCCCACCAUCUAGUCUCUCCAAACUAGUAGAGAGGAGAUGCUUUAUUCAAGGCCUGGUUCAUGGGUCUGUCAUGGGUCAUGGAUCAGGUCUGUGGGGUGUUGUUGAGGUACCACCGGUGGUUGGUGCCUGUCACUUGGGUGCUGGCCUGAACCCAACACAGACCGCAACUAAAGGACCCCCCACCUGGAACAGACACACACGGACAUGAUGAGAAAUCUGCCUUCCUCCACCAGUUCCUCCUCAGUUGGACAGGAUCCUGCCUGGGGCAGCUGCCAGAGGAGCUUCGGAGGGAGUCGAGCUCCACUGUCUUUCUCGCCCCCAGUUUGGCGGGCCAAGGACCACGGAGACCCGAGCUGGCGUCUUGUCUUCCAGAGGCUGCACGUGGAGGAAUGCUCCCCUCCCCUUCCCUGCAAGCCUGGGUUGGACUGGGCCCCCAAGGUUCUGAUGGAGAAAAGGGGGUGAAGGAGGGAAUGAGUGAGCUGGUGGCCCGGCCAGGGCCUCUCCCAACUUCAACGCAUUCUGUGAAGGACUAAUUUUUCCCUAGCUUGGUGCCAGAAAGGGGCCGCAAGGUCCCGCCCUGGCCUGUUCUGUAUCGCUUGAUGUUGGAAUAAGAGCAGCUCCCCUGUAUUAAGCAUGAUCCAGCCUGGGCAGGGGGUGCAUGAGCAACACCCCCACCCUCCCACCCAGGCUGUUCCCAGCCCGGUGGAAGGCAUGGGGAACCUUGUAUGUAGCCGGUGUGUCUUCGACCUCAGCUGCAAAGGGACAAGAACACUCACCUGUGCUGGAGAGUGGGCCCAGUGGGGGGCGAUUUCUUUUCCUCCCUGGCGGCUGGGGAGGGGGUUAGGGGCUUGCAAGUAUGUUUCCGCAUGUGUUUGGUUCUGGGGCCCCUCCUGUUCCCUUUUGGGUUGAGAUGGAACCCUUCCUCUCCCAAUUUGGGGCUGCGUGAGCCCCACA